AUGGACAACGUCUCGAGAUUUGGGACAUCGAUUUCGAUGCUAUGCCCUCCGAUCCUCUUGGAAUCACACAAUUCAAAGUGCUUGAACUCCGGCGAUGCCUCCUCGCUCACCCUAACGAUUGCCAUCUCCCAACAACUAUUAAUAACCAGGCGCUUGAGCAAAGGGCAGCCCAACAUAUUCGUCUCGAAAGUGCCGCCAUCAACUUGGACCUGUUCGAGGGUGAGCGAGCGCAAACUUUUAAAUCGCACGCUCUCGACCGGGCUCAGCCUGCAUUUGCUUAGGUGUAAUUCUUCGAGGGACUCGAAGACUGCCGAUGGUAGGACGGCUAAUAUCGGAAUCCAUUUGUGGGGAAGGGAAGUGAUCGGCCGUGAGUCGGGACUCGAUAAGUGGAGAUGGAGUUUGUAUCCUUGUAGGGAACGGUCGACUACCGAGACAAAGUUUUGUUGUGAAGAGUCGAGGUUAGGGCGAGUUGAUCCUUUGAGGCGCCAU